AUGAAGUUCACUGGUACCCUUGCUCUUGCCUCCGCCGUCGCGUCGGCUGAAGCCGCAGAGACUGUGCUGGGAGCUUACAUGUUCCACCGCCAUGGCGACCGUACUCCAAAAUCGUUGGCGCCUACCAACCUCACUGCUCUGGGAUAUGAGCAGGUCUACACAUCUGGCCAGUACUACCGAUCGAGGUAUCUUACCGGCGAUUCCAAGAUCAAGGGGAUGAACCAGGACACCGUCAGGCUCACCCAGCUUGCCGUCACUGCGCCUGUGGACAAUGUGCUCCAGAACUCGGCUCAGGGUUUCCUGCAGGGCCUAUACCCUCCUUACCAAUCGGCUCAGACUCUUCGCAAUGGUAGCGAUGUUCAGGCCCCCAUGGACGGAUACCAAUUGAUUCCCAUUAAUACGGUAGACACCGGCGCAGGCAGCGAAGACAACGGCUGGCUCCAGGAUGCGUCUAGCUGCGCAAACGCCAAAACCAGCUCCAACGCCUUCUUCUCCAGCGCCGAGUACAACGAUCUUCUAAACAAGACCACCGACUUCUACAAGGCGCUUGUUCCCGUUGUGAACGGCACCUUCGACGAGAAAGACGUCACCUUCAAGAACGCCUACGUGGUCUACGACCUGAUCAACGUGGCCGAGAUCCAUAAUUCCUCCAUCCCCUCCUCCGAUGUCCUCACAAACGACACCCUCUACCAGAUCCGCACCCUUGCUGACGCCCACGAGUACGGUCUUGCAUACAACGCUUCCGACAACAUCCGCGCCAUCUCAGGCAUGCAGCUCGCAGGCGAACUUCUCAAGUACAUGAAUACGACCAUCAAGUCCGGCCAAGACGGCACCAGCGCCAACAAGUUCGGCAUUCAAUUCGGCGCCUAUGCGACCUUCCUCUCCUUCUUUGGCCUCGUCGACCUGCCCCACGCCAACGAGACUUUCUACGGCGUACCAGACUACGCCUCCUCCAUGGUCUUCGAGCUCUUCACCACCGCCGACACCUCCAACGGUUUCCCCGCUACCGACGACCUCCAGGUCCGCUUCCUCUUCCACAACGGCACAACAUCCAACGCCAGCGAACCCGCCGUGUACCCGCUCUUUGGCGGCAAUGACGAUGCUAUCUCGUGGAACAAAUUCUCCAGCAACAUGAACAAGAUCGCCGUCUCGACUACCGAGCAAUGGUGCACAAAGUGCGGUAACACGACUGGGAAGUGUGCGCAGUACUCUCAGGAUGGCACUGACGGGUCGGCAAACGCGAGCAGCAGUGGUGGUGGUAGCCACAUGUCAGCUGCUAUCGGCGGCGUCAUUGGUGCGUUUGUCACGCUUGCGGUUGUGCUGGGCCUGCUCGCUGCCUUCAUGCUGCUCGGUGGAUUCAGGCUUGCCAAGAAGGGGCGCGCAUCGACCGCGUCGCCCGUUUCUGAGGUUGCGGGUAGCAAGGCUUAA